AUGGAUUCUGCAACAACAGCUGUUGUUAAUUAUUUAGAAAAACGAGCUGAUAUUGAUCAAGUUCAUGUAAAAGAUAAAAGACCGUGUUUAUCAGAUGGUUUCGUAGAAUGGGAAGAGAAAAAUUCAUGUGAAUUACCAGAUGAUUUGAAAAGAUUUUAUAUCGUAUCCGAUGGACUUGAAAUACGAUGGUCAUUUAAAAAUACAAAUACUAAAUUAUCAUCGGCAUUUAUUGGUAAAAUGUAUAUAAAUUCCUUGAAUAAUUUAACGAGAAUAACAACAUCAGGACCAAAACAGAUGGCUAUUGCUGAGCUGAAUGAUUUUUUUGAGAAAGAUACACCACGAUUUAAUACUCAAUCAUGGCAUAUAUUUGAACUUGAUCCAUGUGAUGGUCAUGAAUGUGUUUGUCUUGUUUAUAAUCCACAUAGAGAAACAAGUAUUUGGUUUUUGGAUCGUUCAUUACAUUUCCAUCGACUUGCUUCAACAUUUACAGAUUAUUAUCGUUUACUUCUUCUUCAUUGUGGUUUACCUUAUUGGCAUUAUAAGUAUACUGAUUUUGGUAUACCACCUUAUAUAUUACAUUGGUAUUAUACAAUUGUACCAUCUCUAUUAAUCUCUCGUCCAAAUGAUGAUAUAUCAUUAUCUAAUAUAAUUCCAUUUAGUACGGAAAAAGCAUUUCCACAUAAUCCGAGUUCAACAGCAAAAGAUUCUAAAGCUAAGGAUCAACAAAAUUCAACAGGUCAAACACAACAAAUGUAUUCGAACAGUGCUAGUGUUCGUAGUGCAACACCAAAUCAAAAGCGACCAAUGCAACAAACAAAAAGCAUUAAUCGAUCAUCAUCAAUUCCUCGUGCACUGAAUAAUCAAUAA